CCUAAUAUGGGAGCUGAGGAAUGAAAUAUGGCAGACGGGGCCAACAUGGAGGAGUCGGAGGGAGAGCAAUGAGAGUUCCGUUAAGGGCAGCUGCUGCUGGCCAAGGGAACACCGGAGGGAGGACAGGGGCUGAAAGCCGCGGCGGGGCGACGAGUGAGCAGUGGCGUACCAGGGAAUGGUGUAGGAUCACAUCUGGAAUUAGUGCAUUGUCGGCUCACAGCAGCCGCUACUAUGCCGUGGGUCGGCAGCAUCAGGAGGCUCCGAAGGCGGAGGGAGAGCUCCGAGCUGCCGCUACCCCCCGGCUGGGAAGAAGCGCGCGACUACGACGGGCGACCUUUCUAUAUUGAUCACAAUACGAAGCAAACGUCCUGGAUCGAUCCUCGAGACAGAGUAACAAAGCCAUUAACCUUCGCUGACUGUGUUGGUGAUGAAUUACCUUUAGGAUGGGAAGUUGUCUAUGACCAGCAGAUUGGUGGAGUCUAUUACAUUGACCACAUAAACCAGAUCACUCAAAUUGAAGACCCAAGGGCACAAUGGAGGCAGGAGCAAGAGAGAAUGUUGAAAGAGUAUUUAGUGGUAGCACAGGAGGCUCUCAAUGCAAAAAAAGAAAUCUACCAGAUCAAGCAGCAACGCCUGGAGCUGGCACAGGAGGAGCUUCACGAGCUGUGCGGAGAAGACUCUUACUCCUAUUCCAGCUCAUAUUCCGGCUUCUCUUGUAGCUCCAAGUAUGACCUGGAGCAAAUAAAAGCAGAAAUAGCAAGUCGUCGUGAGAGGCUUUGGAGGUUAAAACAAGAGCUGGCACAAAUGAAACAGGAGCUGCAGUACAAGGAAAAAGGAGUGGAAACACUGCAAGAGAUUGACCGGAAGAUGUCCAUCUAUCAUACCAACUAUAAGCUGGAUGAGGCUCAAGCAAUAAUGAAUGAGUUAAGAAAUCUUAAGAAAUCUAUUUGUACAGGAGAAAAGGAAAGGCAGGACCUUAUGCAGAGUUUAGCCAAGCUAACUGAUGGAUUCCAAAACAGCUGUAGCAUAACAUCGUCUCUUCAGGACCUGCAGAAUAAUUGCAGUGCACUUAGUGACACCCGCUUACCUCAGCAAUAUUGUGAUGCCUGUUCACAGACUGACAUCAUUGGAGAGUUUGGCUUUGAUGAAAGAACAAGGCUAACAGAUAAGAUGAAACUUGGCUGGCAGUAUGAAGAAGCCAAAAAAAGAGUUUCCACUAUACAGAAUCAGUUGGCCCAGCUCGAAAAUGAAAUGUGGCCUGGACUAGCUGAGGCAGACAGAGAUCGUCUCCAGUUAAUCAAAGAGAAAGAAGCACUGUUACAAGAGCUGCAGCUCAUCAGCCAACAGAGACGUUCCCCAGAAGACCUUGCUCGUUUGGAGGCUGAAAAGACUCGCUUAGAGGAAGAGCUUCAUCAAGCCCAAGCCAGCUCUUCUCAAGGGCCUACGGAAAGAAUGCUUCAGCAACAGAAGAGAAACUGUCUCCUUCAACAGUUGGAAGAAGCCACCCGUUUGUCCACAUAUUUACAGUCCCAACUGAAGAGUCUGUCCGCCAGCACACUGACCGUCUCCUCAAGCAGCAGCAGAGGCUCCUUGGCUUCUAGUCGUGGCUCGCUGGCAUCCAGCAGAGGCUCGCUGAGUUCAGUCAGCUUUACUGAUAUAUAUGGACUUCCGCAAUAUGACAAGGCUGAUGCAGGGACAGACAUUAGCCAGCACUUACGCUUUGACCUCAUUCCAUUAGACUGCUUUGGCAAGGACCCUCUGUGCACUGAUUCACUUGGGCUGACUAAUCUCAGCAAACAAAGGAAAACAUUGGACAGGCCUCAGUCAGUGCCAUCACUCUCACCACGAUCAUCUCUGUCCUCAUUGUCACCCCCAAGCUCUCCACUGGACACUCCAUAUCUUUCAGCAUCUCGGGAUUCCCCUCUCAUCCAAAGGACAGAAGAAUAUGAGGAGCCACAGAAUACCAGGAUGUUGGAAGACCUCAGACUGCAGGCUUCAGUCCCUGGGGAUGAUGUUCAAAGAGCAUCAGCUCAAGCUGCUUCCUAUUUUGCGGACAGCAAGUUGUCUAAAGACAUAGGUCCCUCGACUGGACCAGUAACAUACAACACUGGAGCAGUCACCUUGCGAACAGGCAGUACUAGGUCUGGCAGAAGAGCUAGACAAUCCUCUGUGGGUUUAUCAGAUGAUUCUCAGGCUACUGAUAGUGGCGUAUUUGAAACUUUAAGCAAAAGGAACGAGGAGGCAGAUGAAUCUCUCUUUAAUCAUGCUGCUACCACUGAACCACCACAGAUUCAGGUUGGACUUGGGUAUGAUGUUGGCAGUGAAUGUCUUAUUGUCCAUAUACUGCAAAUGAAGCACUUCUGGUCUCCCACUACAGAAGGCUGCCAAAUAUAUGCUAGAAUGUACUUGCUGCCCCUUGAAACAGAUGCUUAUUGUUCUAAGGCCCUGGAGAUCCAGCCUCAGUUAAUGUUCAAUGAAAUAUUUCGAAUUCCUGUUCACCCAAGUGAAUUGAGAUCAAAAUCUUUGCAGAUCUAUAUAUGUUCCGUUGGACAUGGAAUGCAGGAAGAGACACUGGGUGUUGCUCAUAUAAGCUUCGAAGAGUUUGAAAUUCCUAGGGAUGUAGUUUUAGAUUGGUACACCAUUCAAACUUUUACCACUGUGGAUUCACAAAGACCAGAAACCAGUAAUCAACUGAGACAGAGUUCCUUGGAGUGUUCUGGAACAGCUACAUUAGUGAAAACAGCGCAGGAUGCUGUGUCGAUAUUGCUGGCCAGAACAACAGCUCAACUGGAAGCUGUGGAGAGAGAGCUAGCUCAGCAAAGAGUGAAGCUGGUGUACACAGAGGAAGAGAUGCUUGAAAUGGAGAGAAAAGAAGACCUGGCAGAGGCAAUAUCAGAAAGGAGCUGGCAGGCAGAAUCAGUUGACAGUGGAUGUAGCAAUAGCACUCAGCUAAGUCCCCCCUACCAAGAGAACUUCUUUGGAGAUGCUGUGCAGGGGCAUGUUCCUGGAGGACAGACUGAGCAGUAUACUACAAGGAAACUUCAAGCACCACCUCUCAAGGUGGACAAGGAGACCAACACUGAAGUUCCCUUUCCAGAAGAUGUACCCAUACGUGCAAAGGAAAGGAGCUGCCGCCGAUCACGUGGUUCUCCAUUUGUACGAAGCAGCACUAUUGUUCGCUCACAAACAUUCUCACCUGGAGCACGUAGCCAAUAUGUUUGCAGGCUUUAUCGCAGUGACAGCGACAGCUCGACACUUCCCCGAAAAUCACCCUUUAUCAGAAAUACUUUGGAGAGGCGCACCCUGCGUUAUAAACAGCAGUCCUACCAAUCUUCUUUGGCUGAGCACCCAACACGAACAUCCCUGGACCUGGAGCUGGAUCUCCAGGCAUCCCGAAUAAGGCAGAGACAACUUAAUGAGGAGCUGAUGUUUCUAAGAGAGCUUAAGCAACAGCUGGAGGAGAGUCAUCACCAGGGUCAAACAGAACUUCCCCAGUGGAUUCUGAGAGAUGAACGAUUCUGGAAGCUGAUAAGAGAGGCUGAGAGGCAGGCAAGACAGACCAAACAUGAGCAACAUCAGCUGAUGGCAGCAGAAAAAUUGCUGAAGAAAGCAUCCAAAGAAGUGUAUCACCUGCGGGACCAAAAUCAAAAGGAGCCUUUGCAAGUUCAGACAUUCAGGGAGAAGAUAGCAUUUUUUACAAGACCAAGGAUCAACAUACCCUCUCUCCCAGCUGAUGAUGUAUGACUGCAUUCUUUUUUAAAUAUGAAGUAUUUAUCUGUCUCCGUUGUAUUCCAUGAAGUUAGUAGAUGAUAGUUACAUUACUGUCCUUUUCAAAAAAAAAAAAAAGAUAAAGAAAAAUGUGCAAGAUAUAUUAAUAUACACAGUCUGUAAAAAAUAAAUAAAACAUAUAUGUCUAUUUUAUACUAGUGACUGACUACAGCAAGGCUUGGUUUUUCCUUGCUGUGUAAUUAACAUCUCUGAAAACAAACUUUAUUAUAAACAAAAUUAAAUCAAAUGAUCCUGUUACAUUGUACAAAAUGUGUGUCAUUUUUAUGUUGCCUGUUGUAUGUGAGUUUUAAAAAAGGGCUGGAAAGCAGAAACAGAGUCAGUUAAGGUAAAUUCACUGUAUUUGUAAUUUAUUUAUAAGUACUUUUUCCUUGAAGGAAAAUAUCAACUUUAGGUGUAUUUUUAAGACUAUGAAAAUAUGUUCUUCAGUAUUCUUCAUACAGUGAAAUGGAAUUAUUGGGCUGAUUUUGUUUCUGACACCUGAUGAAUAUACUGUACGCCACAGCUAAGUGUUAUCUUUAUUGUCACUUUUUACCAGCUUAAUUGUACUUUCAUUAUACAUAACAUUUAUUUUAUCAUUUGUGUUUAUUAUUAUGUAAAGCUUCUGUAACACUGGCGGUGUUUUUACUAUUGAUUACAAAUGCCAUUAAACAUUGCAAAAUA